AUGCCUGGUGCAGAUGGCAAGCUGGCUUGGUUUGUCAACAAGAUAAAAUGGGAUGUCAGUGCAACUGUGUUUCUCAAUGCUGAUCCUGAUCUCACCUGCUCAAUGAUCAAUGAGGCAGUAGACUCAAUACUCACAUGGCUCCACAAUUGGAAGGUAGAUGAGAACAUAGUCAUUGAUAAGGUGCAUGGCUACUGUGCUGUAGAAUUGCUCACCAUUGGUAACAUGCACCAGAGCAACUUCUGUUGUGUUGGGAACAAGAGCACUGGUUCAGUCAGUUGGAUCUUCUUGUGGUCAGGAGAGGUUGGAGUUGACGAGCUUCUGCUUGCAUUACUUGUCUGA